AUGGCGACCGUUUCUUCCACGACCUCUUCGCUCGCCACUGCUACCUUCCCCAGCUCUCGCCGAUUCCCCCGGUCGGUCUCUCUCUCUCUCUCUCUCUGCGAUUCGUUGUCCGCAAUCGGCAUUGGAAUCGCGUCGCGAAUUUCCGGUUUUGUUGUUGUGUGGCUGAGAUCGACGGCUGUCGCGGAGGCGGUGCAGGUACGGACGGCGGUGUCGCGUCGGGAUGGCGUUCGCGAGCGCGGAGAAGGGGCUGCGGCGGCGGCGGCGGCGGCGGGAGUGAGCGUGACGGAAGGCGAGGAGCUGCCGAAGCUGGUGCUCACCUCCGCUCACGGCAGUGAGGCAGAGAUAUAUCUCUAUGGAGGUUGCAUCACAUCCUGGAAAGUUGCCAAAGACAAGGAUCUCCUAUUUGUUCGACCAGAUGCUGUAUUUAACAAGAAGAAACCAAUAAGUGGAGGCGCCCCACAUUGUUUCCCACAGUUUGGACCGGGUCCAAUGCAGCAGCAUGGAUUUGCAAGGAAUAUGGAUUGGUCCGUUGCUGAAUCCCAAAGUGAGGAUGGAAAUCCAAUUGUAACCCUAGAAUUGAAGGAUGGCCCUUACAGCCGUUCCAUGUGGGAUUUCAGCUUUCAAGCUUUGUACAAGAUCAUCUUAAGAGAGAAGAGCCUUUCCACCGAGUUAAUCAUCACAAAUACAGACACAAAACCAUUUUCAUUCAAUACCGCCCUGCAUACAUACUUCCGUGCUUCUGUAACAGCUGCCUCUGUGAAAGGUUUGAAGGGUUGUAAGACAUUGAACAAAGAUCCUGAUCCAAAAAACCCACUAGAGGGGAAGGAAGAAAGGGACAUUGUCACAUUCCCUGGGUUUGUAGAUUGCAUUUAUCUCAAUGCUCCCAGUGAGGUGAUUCUGGAUAAUGGCUUGGGAGAUACUAUAUCCAUCCAGAAUACGAAUUGGUCGGAUGCAGUCUUGUGGAACCCAUAUCUACAGAUGGAAGCAUGCUACAGAGACUUUGUUUGCGUUGAAAAUGCCAAGAUUGGAAAUGUCCAGCUAGAGCCUAAGCAGUCUUGGGUGGCCAAGCAGAUACUUAGCGUUGCCUGAAGAGCUAUGAAGAAACUGUCCUCGUACUUAAUUUUUUUUUUUUUUUUUUUUUUUUUAAAUUUCCCUUUGAGUAAUCAGCAAAAGAAACCUUGAACACACGAAAGUCUAUUGAGCUAGUGGAAAUCUCGUUUUUGUAUUUUUGGUUUCGCUAUUCUAGCCAAUUGUAUUUUUGUGUUGUAAUAAUGUACUCCUUAAUUUCCUCUGCAAGGAGACUAUGCUGCGAUUUUU